UAUAAUUAAACAUGAAGUCGUGGUGUGUGACUAGACGCGUAAAUAGCUGCUGAAGAUCACGUGAAAUUCUAACAGACAAGAYUUUACAAAAGGUUUCAAACAAGCUGCUUUAAGCUGUUUAAAAUUAGACAUGGAUUCACUCCUUGCAGAUCUGAAGAAGGAAGUCAAGUGUUCUUUGUGUGAGGAUACACUUACUGAGCCCAAGAUUCUUUCAUGUUUCCAUACAUUUUGUAAGCCUUGCCUCAAAAGUCAUGCACAACUGAUUGAAGAAGCCAUCGUCUUCAAGUGUCCUGAAUGUUUUUCACAAACUAUUCUACCAGCAACAAACAGCGUUGAAGAACUAGAGCCAAGUCUYUUACGUUCAAGAAUCUUGGAGGGUCUGGCGUUGGUAGAAGGAGAAAAGAUUUGUUCUGUUUGUUCUGAGGGUCAUUCUCCAGCAUCUUGGUAUUGUUUUGACUGUGAUUACUCGAUGUGUGAUGAAAAAUGUAAUAAGAACCAUUCGUUAUUCGCCAAAGAUCACAAGGUCGUUCGUCUGGCUGACUUGAAGAAAGAAGAAACUGAACAGAUAAUAACAAGAGAAAAUCCUUGURAAAGUCACCCUCAGCACAGGCUAGAGUUGUUCUGUGAAGACUGUGAUGACAUGAUUUGUGUGACAUGCUGGAAAUACGAUCACAAGGAUCAUAAGACGAUGUCUUUAGAGACCUUUGCUUCGAUCAAGAAAGAUGUAUUGUCAAAGCAUCUGCGGGUACUAGUGCAGUUAAGAUUAGAUGAAGAGCAAAAACAACAGCAAGAAAACAUUGCUAACAAAAUCAAACAACAAGGAGAAAAGGCCAAACAGGAAGUGAAAGAAAAAACAAAGACGAUGAUAGAAAUUCUGCAAGAAAAUGAACGAGAACUGCUGAAACAAAUCGAUGAGCAGUUGGAUACAGCCACAAGAAACUUGAACAUAAUUCAUCAUAUUCCAGCAGUCGAGGAAUACAUCAAGAAUUUGAUGAAAAGAGGACUGGCAAGUGAAAUGUUGAACAUUCAAGAGACACAGUGCUCGGAGAAAUUCAUCUUUAACACAAUUCCAUUAUUCUCAAGAAUUGUUUUUAUUCCUAACCAAGUGCUAGUGCAACAAAUAAAAACAGGCCUUGGAGAAAUACAAACGUAUUGCAAAACAGACCAUACGAUGAGCACUAUUCUGGUGGAGGGUGAGCCAGAAGCUGCAAGGCAACAAAAGCUCGUAUUGACAACCAAAACAUCAACGGGAUUGGAUAGUAUUAAUACAGGCGAUAUCGUAGACAUCCACAUCAGCCCUAAAGAUCACGUGGAAAUAGAGGAGAAAGAUGUGAGGACUGCUGGGAGAAUAGAAGUUGAAUUCAUGGCUAAAGUAGCUGGUCAACUGACAGCAGAGGUUCAAGUGAAUGGGAAUCAUGUAUCUAACAGUCCACUAGUGGUGAAUGUCAAGCCUCAACAGAUGAGAGUAAUAGGACCGUUUAACAUGAACGGUGUGGAUACUGAGUCUCAUAAUUUGACAGGUGUAGCAGUAAACAGAGACAAUAGUAGGAUCGCUGUCGCUGAUGCUUCUUCUCACUGUGUCCAUGUAUUUAAGACUAAUGGAGAUCUCUUACUGACGUAUGGUAGUGAAGGUGGUUCACAGGGAAAGUUACAUGGUCCCGAAGGUUUAGCAUUUCUGAAUGAUACAGAUUUAGUCAUAGCAGACUGGGGUAAUCAAAGAAUAUGUAUAGUGAACACUACAACAGGGACAUUGAUCAAAACCUUUGGAAAACUAGGCCAAGCGACUGGGGAGUUUUGUUGCCCAAUAGGAGUCCACGUUGAUGACGAUGGUACUAUCAUUGUUAACGAUUGUGAUAAUCAUCGUGUUCAAGUUUUCACAAAAAAUGGUGACUAUCAAUAUCAGUUCACUUUGCCAAAAGGAGCCAAAUUUGAUCCAGUUAGUACAGUAAAGCAUGGUGGUCUGUUUUACGUUAGUGAUCAUAAUAAUAACAUCAUUCAUGUAUUUGAGAAGAGAUGUAAGGUACCGACUAGAAUAUCGACGAUUGGUGGUGAAGGUAGUGCUGAUGGACAGCUGUUUAGACCAUGGGGCCUGGCUGUUGAUAAUGACAAUCAUCUACUCGUGUGUGAUCGUGCUAAUAAUUGUAUUCAAAAGUUUACACUUGUUGGUCGUUUGGUAGGAAAAACUAGUAAGGAAAUCAAAAAUCCCGUAUUUACAUCAGUGCUGAAUGAUGGACGGUUAUUAGUCAAUACACUUCGUUCUGGUGUGUGGUUUGUCGCGAGUAUAAUGUAAUCACUUGUUUAUAAUGAUAAUGUUGAUGAUGAUCGAUGGCGGUGGUGGUGUUUGAUGGCAAUAGUGGUGGUGGUGAUGGUGGUGGUGAUGAUAAUGAUGAUGAUGAUAAUGACGAUGAUGAAGCUAAUGCUGAUGAUAUUAGGGACCUUAAGCUGAAGGACGGCAACGUGCGCGACAAAGUCGGCGAAAAUGAGGCGCUUCAACCUUCUAUUGUAUUAUUAUUUCGUGUUUACCUAGUAUAUUACUCAAUAAGCAUCCCCGUUUUAGAGUGAAAUGUCGUCUUUUGGGAGCGCUUUACUUAUAACGAAAAUCGGCAAAGACAAGCUUUUGGCGUAGCCGUUCUCUUUAGUACGUCAAAAUAGGACAUUUCACGUCUUACUUUCAGCAUAAGACGGUAAUAAUGCAUAGUAUUUCGUACAUUCCAGCUUAAGGUCCCUAUUAACGAUAAUAGCGAUCUUUAGAUACGACGACGAGUACGAGAUCGAGAUCGAUUACGAGUUUUGAAAUUGGUCCUGUGCACGUGGUUAACACUAAAUUUUCAAGUUUCAAGUUUCAAGUUUCAAGUUUAUUUUUACAAAAUAAUGACUAUACAUACACAAUUUAUCACCC